AUGGGGGAAGGAAAGCAAGGAGUGAUGGUUGAAAUGCAUAAGGGAGUGAUGGGUAUUUCUCAGAACCCCAUAGGACAAUUGCAAGUCAAGUUCAAGGAAUUGGAGAAUGGGUUCAGGGCAUGGUUGGCCAAGCAGUCUAUGCCUGUCGAGGCCGCCAUCGUCACAGCUACCAGCGCCGCCCAAGGCGCCGCCAUCGGUGCCUUCAUGGGCACCAUCACCAACGACGUCUCGUCCUCUAUCCCCACUCCGCCGCCUGGUGCCGCUAACUUCAAUCCCCAAGCUAUGGCCUCCCUCCAACAAGCCCAGGCUCUUUCAGGAGGUCCCAUGGUGCAAGCCCGCAAUUUUGCCGUGAUGACAGGAGUUAAUGCUGGCAUAUCUUGUGUCAUGAAAAGAUUAAGAGGCAAGGAGGACGUCCAUGUAAAGACUUUCAUUGGAAAAAACCCUAACUUGCCUGAACAGUUCAUGUUCAGAUCAAGCAAUUCCAUGCUUCCCAAGGAUUAA